AAAGGAAAUUGCACAUAUAAAUUAUAUUAUUCAUAAAAAAGAAAAAUGUCAGGAGGAGAACGAAAAAAACGUGCUUGUGACAGAGGACAAGGUUGGGAAGAAGCAGGUGCUGAAUUUUAUCAGGAAAGUUAUCCUGCUGCAAUUGAAGCAGAUUUGCAGCAAGCAUUACAGAGAGAUCCUUCUCAUAUAGCUACUUUACUUCCGAGUAAAAAGUCUCGUGUUGCUACUUCUAAACGAAUACGUAAUGAUACAAAAACAACACUGAGAAGACGUACUAGUACAAGAUCUCGUGGCACAACUACAUCAAGACGUAUGUCAACAAAUAUUCAUGAUGCAGCAGUAUCUAUGUUACCAGAUUUAUCUGAAAAUUUAUCUAAUGAAGAACGUACAUGGGAAGAAAUAAUGCAAAUUAAGGCUAUGCCUGUGUGUAUGGCACAAAAAAUGCAAUUAAAAAAUCAAUUACAAAGUGCUACAAAAUUAAGAUUGCAAGGUUUUGAGCAAUUAAAAUGGCAACGAAGAAAAGCUUGGCAACAAUUUCGUAUCAGGAUGAAGGAAGCAUAUUCAAAAAUGGAGUUAUGGAAUGACAGUCUUAAAACAAUUGGUGGAAACUUUGGAAUGGGGAUAGUAGCAUACUUUUUAUUCAUCAAAUGGUUAAUGUAUCUUAAUGUUCUUUUAUUCACAAUUAUGUUUUUAUUUAUUAUGUUACCUACAAUAUUAUUGGAUAUGCCAGAAGAAGAACCAUGCAUAAAUUCAAAUAAUAGUCACAGCAUAUCUUGCUGUUCAGAGUUAUAUUGGAAUAUAACUCAAGAAAGUAGUAGUAUAACAAAUAUUGUGCAAGGCACUGGUAUCCUAGAAUACACUUUAUUAUUUUACGGUUCAUAUAGUUAUAUGACUUAUGAUACUUCUGGUAUAUUUUAUAAUUUACCAUUAUCCUAUAUUUGUGCCACUAUUGGAGUGUUUAUUUUUAGUCUAAUAGCAAUUGUUAAAUCAGCUGCUAAAAGUUUCAAACAAAGAGUAGUCGAAAAUGAAGGUCAAUUUUAUCAAUACUGUAACUUAGUUUUUGGUGGUUGGGAUUAUUGUAUACAUAAUGAAAAAUCUGCAGCUGUAAAGCAUAAAGCAUUACACAAUGAAAUGAAAGCAUUUCUAGAAGCUGAGAGACUAGAAGAAGAAAGACAAAAUCGGACAAGAGAAGAAAUAACAAAAUUAUUUCUUAUGCGUUUGUUUAUUAAUUUAAUAGUUUUAACAGUGUUAUGUGGCUGUGGUAUGUUUAUUUAUUAUAUAUUUGAAUUUUCUUUUGAUCUAAUUUCACCACAAAGCAGUGAAAUAUACAAUUUACAAUAUUUAUCAUUAAAUAGAAUUGCACACUUAUUUUUUGAGUUUCUUCCAUAUAUAUGUAUUGUUGUCUUAAAUCUUGUAGUACCAUUUCUAUUUCGAUAUCUAGUCUCUCUAGAAAAUUAUAGUCCUUCAUUUGUUAUACGCAUAACUCUAUUGCGAACUGUAUUUUUACGACUUUCUUCUCUAAUUGUUUUGCUCACAUCUUUUUAUAGACUAAUUGUAACUGAGGUAAUGGAUAAUGAAUGUACUAAUAAUGCUAGUAGACGACCAUUAUGUUGGGAAACAUUUAUAGGACAACAAUUCUUUAAACUCUACAUCACUGACCUUUUUCUCCAGUUCUUCAUAACAUUUUUUGUCAAUUUUCCUAGAUCGUUAAUAGCAAAACAUACGGAAAACAAGGUAUUACGUUUUUUCGGAGAACAAGAAUUUGAUUUACCUAAACAUGUAUUGGAUGUUGUUUAUUUGCAAACCAUCUGUUGGCUUGGUUUUUUUUUUGCACCUUUAUUACCAUUAGUUGCUAUAAUUGGUACUUUUCUAUUGUUUUAUAUUAAAAAAUUUGCUUGUUUAGUAAAUAGUACUCCAUCAAGUAAAGUUUACAGAGCAAGUAAAUCAAAUGCUUUUUUUAUGUUGAUACUAUUAAUCUCUUUUGUUCUAUCUACAGUUCCAGUUGGUUAUUCUAUUGCUGAAAUAGAACCAUCAAAAUCUUGUGGCCCAUUUAGAGGUUUUAAAUCUGUAUGGUCACUAUUAAUUGUAAUGUUUGCAGAAUUCCCUGUUUGGCUGCAAUCUAUUUUAUAUUUUCUUGGAACUGCUGGAUUUGGUGUGCCAGCUUUUGUUGUUCUUACUCUAUUAUUAUAUUAUUAUUAUGCUGUAUCGAUAGCAAACAAACACAUGGUUACAGUGUUAAAGAAUCAAUUAGUAUUAGAAGGUCAUGAUAAACAAUUCCUACUUAAUAGAUUGAGUGCAUUUAUUAAACAACAACAAGAUCAGAACAAAUAUCAUCAAGAACAAGGAAAUGAGUUGGGUACAUUCUCAUAA